UGUUGGAAGGUAAAUAGCAUGUCUCAGUUAGCUUGUGUUCUUUACAGCUUCUUAUCCACCUCUGUCAACCCAUCCGUUCAUUAAUAAUCCUUUAAAAAUGUAGCUUGCUUUUAUAAAUUUGUCUUCAACCAUCACUGCAAACUAUAUCUGUCAGGUUUCGGCAGAGAGUUAAAUGCAUAAGUCAGAAGGUGGAGCUGGUCCAUUUCAGAAAGAGCAUGAUGCUGCCAAAAUAGUGAAACGCUCAUCAGUGGAGGAUUUUUCAUAGGCUUGAAUACCCAUUAAAUGCUUCUCUUCACUUCCAGUUUCUUAGGCUAGUGUUUUGAUCUUAGUCUCCCAAGUAAACACUAAAUUGUGUCCCAUUAAAAAUGCUGUUUUCUCUGCGAGAGCUGGUGCAAUGGCUGGGCUUUGCCACAUUCGAGCUGUUCCUCCACUUGGGCGCGCUGCUGGUCUUCAGUGUGCUGGUGGCCCUACACAUGGACGUGGACAAGCAGACUCUUAAGAUGAGCUGGUGGCUUGUCUUCUCACCCUUGUUUGCUGCUGAUGGCCUCAGCACUUACUUCACAGCCAUUGUAUCCAUCCGCCUCUAUCAAGAAGGAGAGAAGCGGCUGGCAGUGCUGCGCUUGCUGUGGGUGCUGACCGUGCUCAGCCUCAAGCUGGUGUGUGAGGUGCUGCUAUGCCAGAAAUUGGCCGAACAGGACCAGGCAAGUGAUUUGUGGUUCGGGCUUAUCGUUUCCCCCCUUUUCAUUCUUCUGCAGCUGCUCAUGAUUCGUGCUUGUCGUGUCAAUUAAAGGACAAACCAUCUGCACACAUGCCACUGGACUUAUGUGAAUGAAAUGGACUCCUGCAGGUCUCAUUCAAACCAGGAGUGAAUUUUUGUGAAGUGCAAAAUCAUAGGGACCUUUUUUUUUUUGGUAUUCAAAUGGUUCAUGUGACCAUGGCAUCAUAAGCAAUGCUUAAAAUAAUGUGCUGAUUUUUAUCAUUAUUAUUGUCUUUAAGUGCUUUGAGAUAUAUGGUCUUGAUUUUGCUUUACCCUUGUUAUUACCUUUUUAUUAUUAUUUGUACAAUUGUAAAUAAACCAUCAACAUUCAA